GCAUAUAGUUAUGACAAAGUUUAAAAUAUUGACCCAGAUUUCACUUCACUGAACAUAGAAAAGUGAAAGUAUGAGAGUAUAAUGACAUCUUACAUGUAUGGACAUUUUUUUUAUUAUUUUGUUUGUUAUUUUAGAAAUAAUUACUCCUGCAGGAAAUAUUAGAAAAAUCUCCACAUGGCUGAGGACACUUGAACUUCAUUUUAACUUGAUGAUUGUCUUACAGUCUUGUUACUGACUUUUGCCAGCCCUAUGUUUACUUGUCAAUGAAUAAGAAAUAACACAGGGAUGUUAAGAUGAUGGCAACAGAUUGAAGGACUCAAGAUUAAACAUCUUGUAGAUUAAAUACCAUGUGGCCUUUUGGUAAAGAGAAACCUCCAGAAUUAGAAAGAAUAAUCAAAGCCAACAGUCCAUCAGAGAAUGCCCAUUUUGAAUAUGCAAACAAUUAUAUCUGUACAUCCAAGUAUACACUCCUUACCUUCCUGCCGAAGAAUCUAUUGGAACAGUUUCGGAGAUUGGCUAACACGUACUUCCUCUGUCUCUUAGUGUUACAGGUUAUUCCAGCUGUAAGUUCACUGCCAUGGUACUCAACCCUGGUUCCUUUGGCUUUUGUCUUAGGAGUAACAGCAAUCAAAGAUGCUGUUGAUGACUUUAGACGACACAGUAGUGAUAACCAGGUCAACAACAGGUUGUCUGAUGUUCUAAGGAAUGGACAGCCUCUGAAUGAAAAAUGGCAUAAAGUCGUUGUGGGGGAUAUUAUCAAGAUGGAAAAUAAUCAGUUCGUUGCAGCUGACCUGUUACUUUUGUCUACCAGUGAACCACAUAGUUUGUGUUACAUAGAAACUGCUGAACUAGAUGGAGAAACAAAUUUGAAAGUAAGACAAGCCAUUCCAGAAACAUCAGAACUAGAAGAUGAUAUACAAAAACUGUCAAACUUUGAUGCUGAUAUAGUGUGUGAAGCUCCUAACAACAACUUGAGUAAGUUUGAAGGAAAGAUGACUUAUAAGAACAAUACAUACUCCAUUGAUAAUGAGAAGAUAUUGUUACGUGGGUGUGUUUUACGUAAUACCAAAUGGUGUUAUGGUUUGGUCAUCUUUGCUGGCAAGGACACCAAGUUGAUGCAGAAUAGUGGUAAAGCCAUAUUCAAAAGGACCAAUAUUGAUAGACUAAUGAAUGUUUUAAUUAUUGGGAUCUUUCUGUUUCUAUUGACCUGUUGUUUGGUAAUGACAGCAGCAUGUGGUAUAUGGGAGACGUUAAAAGGAAAUGACUUUCAGGUCUUUUUACCAUGGGAUAGUUAUAUCCCAGGAUCCCCUGAUAAAGAUGGCAGCAAACAAGAGGGAGCCACUGUCACUGCACUCUUAGUCUUCUUUUCAUACAUCAUUAUUUUGAAUACAGUUGUGCCUAUAUCUUUAUAUGUCAGUGUAGAGAUAAUUAGAUUAGUCAAUAGCAUGUGGAUAAAUUGGGAUGUGAAGAUGUACUAUGACAAGGUCAAGACCGCUGCCAAAGCACGGACAACAACUUUGAAUGAAGAAUUAGGUCAGAUAGAAUAUAUAUUCUCAGAUAAGACUGGGACUUUAACUCAGAAUAUCAUGGAAUUUAAGAAAUGUUCAAUAGCUGGGAAAUCAUAUGGAGAUGCCUUUGAUGAGUUUGGAAAUUCUAUCGUCAUUACUGAGAAUACACCAAAAGUUGACCUAUCCAGCAAUCCCUAUGCAGAGCCCAACUUUGAGUUUUACGAUAGACAGUUGAUAGAGAAAAUGAGAGAAAAAGAUUUUAAAGUGGAACAGUUCUUUACAUUGUUAGCCUUAUGUCAUACUGUGAUGCCUGAAACUAAAGAUGACAAACUUGAAUAUCAAGCUCAGUCUCCAGAUGAAGGUGCACUUGUGUCAGCAGCUAGAAACUUUGGCUAUGUUUUCAAGUCUAGAACACCAACAACUAUAACAGUAGAGAUCCAAGGUGAACAGAGAGUAUAUGAGUUGUUGAGUAUUCUUGACUUCAACAAUGUCAGAAAGAGAAUGUCUGUUAUAGUAAGAAGAGAAGGUAAAAUACAGUUAUUUUGUAAAGGAGCUGAUUCUCUUGUCUUAGAAAGAAUGGAUCCAAAAUGUGCAGACCUAAAGGAAUUGACAUUACACCAUCUAAAUGAGUAUGCAUCAGAAGGACUUAGAACGUUAUGUUUGGCAGUCAAAGAUAUUCCUGAUAAUGUUUAUGCUGAAUGGAAGAAAAAACAUCAUGCUGCAAGCACUGCUAUGGAAGACAGAGAUGACAAGUUACAUGAAGUUUAUGAAGAAAUUGAGAAAAAUUUGGUAUUGAUAGGUGCUACAGCUAUAGAAGAUAAGUUACAGGAUGGGGUACCAGAUGCAAUAGCAAACCUUGCUCUAGCAGGGAUUAAAAUUUGGGUGCUUACAGGUGAUAAACAAGAAACUGCAAUAAACAUUGGUUAUUCAUGUCAGCUGAUCACAGAUGAAAUGGAGGAGAUUUUUAUCGUUGAUGGUGAAACUUAUGAAUCAGUUGAAAAACAAAUGAAAGAUGCACUACAAAAUAUAAAAAAGAUCAAACAUGAAAAUAAAACCCAAAAAGAAGAGGAAGUAGGGGUGGCUUUUGCCAAUGGUGGAGUUUAUUAUAAUGGACGAAAAGCAGACGUCAGUCCUGACCUGCCUCAUACUGACGAAUUUGCUUUGGUUAUAAAUGGACACAGUUUGAUUCAUGCCUUGCAACGAGAUAUGGAAUUACUAUUGUUAGAACUAGGCUGUUCUUGUAAAGCUGUGAUAUGCUGUAGAGUCACACCUUUACAGAAAGCUAUGGUUGUUGAUCUAGUUAAAAGGAACAAAAAAUCUAUAACUUUAGCUAUUGGUGAUGGGGCCAAUGAUGUCAGUAUGAUUAAAACUGCACAUAUAGGAGUUGGAAUAAGUGGUCAGGAAGGAAUGCAGGCUGUUCUGGCCAGUGACUAUUCAAUCUGUCAGUUUAGAUACUUAGAACGCUUGUUGUUAGUGCAUGGACGAUGGAGUUAUUUCAGAAUGUGCAAAUUUCUAAAAUACUUUUUCUACAAAAACUUUGCAUUCACAUUAUGUCAUUUCUGGUAUGCAUUCUUCUGUGGAUUUUCAGCUCAGACAUUAUUUGAUCCAUACUUCAUCACUUUUUACAAUGUAAUGUAUACCUCACUGCCUGUUUUGAUGAUGGGAGUAUUUGAUCAGGAUGUGAAUGAAUACUAUUCCCUUCGUUACCCCAAGUUGUAUGCACCAGGUAUAGAAGACUCAAUGUUCAAUAAGAAAGUAUUUGCUUGGAGUAUUGCUGAGGGGUUUAUAACGUCUUUAGUUUUAUUCUUCAUACCUUAUGGUGCCUUCCAUGAUGGUCUUGGUCGCUCAGGAACAGAUCUAGCAGAUUCUCAAUCAUUUGGAGUUGUUGUAGCCAGUAUUUUAGUUGUAGCUGUCAAUCUUAGGUGUGGAAUGGAUACAUCCUACUGGACAGGAUUUAGUCAUGUUGUGGUCUGGGGAAGCUGUAUCUUUUACUACUGUUUCAUCUUAGCUUUCUAUGCCCCAGUGUUCAACUACGUCUAUCAAGGCGCUGCAUACCAAGUUUUUGGGUCGCCUAAUUUCUGGUUUUGCCUGUUAUUAACAAAUGUUGUAUUACUAAUGCCAGUUGUGGCUUACAGAUAUUAUAUGGUUGAUACAAAGCCAACACUUUCUGAUCGUAUUAGAUUAAAGCAGAGAAUGACUGCGUCAAAGUCCAGAUCUAAAGAUCUCCAUCUAAGGAGAGCAUCAACAAUGAGAAGGAGUACACGUUCUCUGCGGUCUGGUUAUGCAUUUUCACAUUCUCAAGGUUUUGGAGAAUUAAUCACAAGUGGAACUAACAUGAGACAAAGAGCUCCAGAAAAUGUGAAAUUGACGAAUGUAAAAAAACUUGACCAAAAUAAUGAUCAGAAAAAUACAUUUCAAAGUAGUCCCAGGAAAGAGACCAGCUCAAUACUUCAUGAUAAUCAUAGUCACCAUGAACAUCAUGAUCAUGAUAAACAUGUUUUAUUUUGUGAAAAGUUAUGAUCAUAUUUGUGAGACAUUAUAAUCACAUUUCUAUGAUCAAAUUCAUGUUCAUUAUUUUUGUAUUCAAUGUUGAUUGUUGCAUCUUGUUAUGUUCAUUUAAAAGGUAGAUGCCACUGAGUGCAUUUUGCAGUAAGAUAUAACAUGUACCAUUGUGAAUUUUUUUUCCAUUUCUGUUCUUUUCUGAAGAAAAAAAAAUGUCUUAAAUCUCCCUUCGCUGGAAUAUUUCUUGGUUUUAUUAACUGAAGUUGUAUAAAGAUAGGAAUAUUACUAAAAGCUAUUUUUUUUAAUCUUGUCAACAAGAAUUUUUUUGAACUAAAGGUUUUAGCCACUUCAAUUCUCAUACUUAAUUCUUCCAUUAUCCAAUAUUAUCAGAUCUGCAUAUUAUAGAAGUACUUUUUUCAUAUUAAUUCGUCUUAAGAUAUGUUUUUAAAAAGAGACAUUUUCUCUUAGCAAAAUAAAUUCUGUACAAUAUUUAAUCCUGUACUCUUUUAAAACUGUUUUUGUAAGGGGAAAGAGGAAUAAAAAAGAGGUGCUUAACUGUCUGAAGGAAAAUAUAAACAACAAAAUAUCAGAAAUGUCUUUGAAACAGCUUGAAAAAGGCUUUAUCAUUAGCUCUGGUAAUUUCAACUGAUUAACCCUAGUUGGGGUUUAGAUUUGCCCUCAGCAAAGAUUUUGUUAAAAAGGAUUUACUGGUAUUUGAUAGUAAGUGACUAUCCUCCUACAAAAAACAAAGCAAACAUACAAAUACAAAAGAUAAGUCUGUUUUUACUUACACCAUUCAUGAUGUAUUAAUCAAUAGUGGAAGAUCCUUUAUAUAGAUAUUAUACAACAAGAUAGUAAAAUAUUUAAGUUAAAACAUUGAUUAUAUUAAAGAUCAAUCCUUGCAAUUGAAAUUCAUUUUAUGUAUAUUGAAGUUGAUUGAUUGGUUGUGUAAUUGUCCCAUUUCCUGUCAGGGGAGCUAACUCAUUGUGAUAUUAAAGAUGUAUAUUUUAUACAUGUUGUUACAGUUGUUAUAAAUCAUUGUUAUUUAUAUAUGUAUGUAAAUGUAUGUAGCUGCUGAGCCCUCUAGUUUUAUAUAUUCAUGGUCAGAUUAAUUUUUCACAAAUAAAUCCAAUAUUUAUAUAUAUAUGUAUAUAAUGUGCAAAGUGUUGAUAUAUUAUGUAUAUGUAUAGAAUAUUUAUUUUUAGAAACAUAAUAUCAAACUGUUUCUGUAACAGUCUCAAGGAAGUUUUAGUUGUUUUGUAUUUAUCAGUGGUAUUAUACUGAGGGAUGACACAAAACAGCUGUAAACAGUUGAUGUAUUUACCCAUUCAACAUUUUAAUGUAUUUUUUAAAUGAAAUUUCUAUGCAUUGUAAAUGGAUUUUAUUUUCAUUGUCUACUUUCGUAAAACAUAUUAUCUUUAUCAAUUGUUUUGUUCUAUUGAAUUUAAAAGAAGUUAUAUUCGUGUUCAUUAUAUCAUUUCUUGUGCAUCAAUUACUUUGAGAAAUCCAAAUUAAAUAGAAUUACUGUUUUAA